GAAAAGGAAAAUAUGUUUUUAAGCCACGCUUGUUGCAUCACUAUCAUAACGACAACCUUUGGACCCUCCAUAUGAGCGAUGAUGCAAGGCCUCCAAGACAUCACGUGGGGAUACCGGUAUCAUUCCAAGAACGAAAUUUGAUUGGUGCAAUUUGCCACACCUCCAACUAUUAUUUUUGUCUUUUUGUAAAAAUAGCAAAUAUUUGCUUAUUUGUUAUUAUUAAAUGUCCAACUAGCCAACAAGUUGUGCUCAGCAAAAAGGAAGAAAAUGACACAGCAAGUUGUCUACGUUUUCAGUGUUUUUAGCCUUAUUUUGCUGACCAUUGUGCCUUGCAGCAAUUCAUUAUUUUUCUCAGAAUUACUUGGAAUAAAAACGGUUGAAACAGUAGGACACAAUGAAACGGCGAAAGAAUCAAGAAAUUUGACUACCAAACAAAACGUUACAUCUAAUAGUGAUGCAGAAGAAAAUGAUAACGAAUCGACAGUACAGGAAAAUUACUCAAGUAAAACAAAUUCAAGUGUAAAUGAAACUAAAGCAGAAAUCGGUAAAGAAGCUGGAUUACCAAUGUCGCCAGAAGAAGAACUCAAUGCAGAAGAAAAUAUGCACCUCGAAUUUAUUAAGAAACAGUUAAUGACAAAACUACGACUUUCCUCCCCUCCUGUAGCUGAUGGUCAGACCCCAGUCCUGCCGCUCGUGGAGCUAGGGAGGGGGUAUCUACAUACUCAACACGACCAGGGGAAGAACAAAUACAAGGCCCAUCACUUUUACGCCAAGACCUUGCAACUCUACGUCAUGGGCAAAGACGAAACGGAGCACUGCAGCUAUCGUAAAUCUGCAGGUUGCUACUAUUUUGACGUAAACGGAAAAGUAGACGCCAGCGAUGUUGUAAAUGCAGAACUUUGGAUAUAUAAACUUUUCUAUCACAGAGACCCUUUUAUACAAACAUUUGUUGUCUCAGAACUUGGCAGAUCUAACAGAGCCGAGAGAAAGGUUCGUCCACGUAAUAUCAUAAAACGGUUUGAGACCAAAAUCAAACAUGGAUGGCUGAAAAUUGACGUCACAGAAACCGUUGUUCGGUGGUUGCAGAAACCGAGAAGAAAUGACGGCAUUUCUAUAUUGUGUAAAGGAUGUCAACGAAAAAACCAUAAGACAAUAUUCAGUUCUAAAUAUGAUUCCAUGCCAUUUUUGGCCAUAAAGACCAGAAAAGGCGUCAGAGAGCGGAGGCGCGUGAGGCGAUCGACGCCUGUGCAGUGUUCGAUUGGAUAUGAGGGCUGCUGUCUGAUGCCUAUGGAGAUCAAUUUUGAUGCAAUCGGAUGGACUGGAAUUGUGGCCCCCAAAAAGUUACACUAUGCUUAUUGUCGAGGUUCUUGUAACGAUGAAAUAGAUGCCCACAGUGAACACAGUCGAAUGAUACAAAGUUACAGGCAUUCUGACGUCGCUACACCCAAAGAAAGGCGGGAAAUGACGCCAUGUUGUUCCCCAAUUUCGUUUGCUUCCCAAUCUAUGCUAAUAACAAUCAAUUCAACUGUGAUUCAUCACAAUGUUCCAAACAUAAUACCUACAGCGUGUGGGUGUUUGUGAAAGCAGAAGUGCAUUGCUGGGAUUUUGUUAUAUGCAUAGCAAAACAAUAUAGGGCAGUGUUUGAGCAACUAUCAAUGCAAUCAGUUAAAUUAUAUAAUUAAAAGAUUUACCUGGAUAUU